UCUAAUUGAAUUCUACUUGUUUCCUAAGGGCCCUUGCAGCUUAUUAGAGCUUAAAAAAGUAGAAGACGUAAUUUAAUUCAGUUAAUUUUUUAUUACCUCUCCAUAAUAAUGUAUUCCUUUGCCGUUUUGUUUUCUCUUGUCUCCUGCUUUAGAUCCAGUAUUUCUGUUGCAAACACAGGGCAGUUUGUUGUUUUUCCACAACAUGUCCUAUUAGGCUGGAGUCAGGAGUUACAGAACCAUAAUCGUAUACAAUGUUUAUUGGCUUGCUCAAGAAAAACUUACUGUUUUUCGGUAAAUUACAAUCGGCAAAAUGAAGUUUGUCAAUUAAACAAGCAGAUACGAGAGAAUACAACAAUGGAUUUCAUAGCAAAUCCUUUAUACGAAUACAUGGAAAAGGUUAUCGAUGGAGAUUUAAAAACACAUGGCAUAUAUUUUCUGUCACGUGAAUAUGAUUAUGAAGAUGCAGUCGAAUCAUGCAGUAAUCAUUUAGGAUCCAUUGCUUCUUACGAGCAGCUGUACAACGCGUUUCAACCAACUCUGGAGAACUGCAAAGAUGGCUGGCUUAUCAGUGGAGAGAUUGCAUUUACCGAACUAACAGACGCAUGCACAUUAAAACCACCAGAACAGCGCAGCAAUGUAUUUCCCUGUAAAAGUUAUGAGAGUGGAGUUUAUUGUCAGAAGGAAUACAAUCCUUCAGCACUCGACUAUUUACCUAAAGAACAACGGAUCAUUCGACUGACGAACAGUAACCUGAAGAAGUUAAAUGCAGAAGAUGCUGAGAUAUGUUGUAGUACUGAAUUCAACGGUCAGCUUGCAACACCUCUUCACGUUUACAAUAACACAUUGUCACUAGGAGUUAAUCUUUGCGAAACAGGGUGGCUUUCAGGUUGGUUGGUGGGAAAUCCAUGUAAUGGGCAUGCACCACCUGACUUCUGGCUUUAUCCGGCGGGUAAUGAAGUAAACUUCAAGAUAGCAACGAACGAAUAUUCUGCAUUUUGUUUUGUUCCUCUCACGAAUCAGACCUUGACAUACACUGACCCUUUCCCCUCUCAUCGUGUCGUGCAUGGAGAGGGAGAAAGUCGUUAUUCUUUAAGUUACGAUGAAGCUGAUGAUUUGUGCACAAAUCGAGGCGGUAGAAUGGCAACGAGAGCGGAAGUAGAGUACGCCUGGCAGUCAGGAUAUGACCGUUGUCAGGCUGGCUGGGUCACAAGUGGGGAAGUUAUUUACCCACUAAUAGAACCAGAGGGCUUUUGCAGCGGCAAUACUCCAGGCAUCACAAGCUGGGGUUUUAAGGAUAUGAGUACUUACAGUUCCUCUGUCUUUUGUUAUCUAUAAAUGGCGCUGCACAGUCGCAACAUGCUUGGUAGUUUGUUAGCAGAUUUCCAGCUACCAUUUGAGAUGGAUGAUGACGGCAUGAAUGUACGACCACAGUUGACUCAAUCUAGACUUUUUCCUUUGGUGUGGGUAAACAUCUUGCAUCCUAAAAUUUAUAUCUCACAUUACUAAUAUUAGAUUUCAGAGAUAUCAUUAUCAAAAAGUAAAUAACUGCAAGAGGUCUGACUGUGGGGGUUUCAUUGAAACGCAAUCCUAUUUCAAAAAGUACUGUUACGAAGGGGCGUGUCCUUAAAGAACUCUAUUCUAAUAGGGCCGCCCUUAUCUCGUUGGCAGCACUUUUGUUUCACCUGAGACAGAAGUAACGUUCCAUUGCCUGCAUAACAAAAUCUGGGCAGUCGGAUCUAUUGCAGUUAUACACUCUUUGCCAUUAUCAGACUAGUUUGCUUUAGAAAUCUAGCCUUUAAGCGAAGACGGUAAUCUCUCCUUUCGGAGAUAGAAGAAAACAAGAAUAAGCUCACACACAAUGUACUUUUGGGCUAUCGUAACUGUAUUUCAUUAACUGGACAGGACACUAAACAAGGCACUCGUACACCGCAUCGGCCUUUCUGACUCAGUGUGGUGUGGUGCAGACAUCUGCCCACGUAGUCAAAUCGGCGAUCUUGCUACAGACGACAGUGAAUUCAAGCAUGGCUACAAAUCUCAAUCCUUGCCCUUUAAAGCAAAUUGUUUGAGUUUUUUUUUCAGACGAGUAUAAUGUAUAUAAAAUCUAAUUUAAAUUAAAAAUGCUUUAGAAACUAUUUUUCAGUUCGUAGUAAACUUUUUUACAUUAUUUAAAUAUUGUAAAUUGCAGUGAUUCCUUAUUAUAACAAUGCUUUAUUGCAACUGCUAUCAUCAUCAUCAUCAUCAUCGGCAGCCCAGUCGCGAAAGACCAUGCAUCAGACACCCGUGGAGAGGGAUAAAAUUAGAAUUAUUAAAAACAUUUUUUAUUGUAAUUUGUUUCACUGUGUGUUUACCAUAAUUUACCAAGAAAUCCAGCACAAAAUUACAACAGCAAUAAUAACAAUAACAAAACCAACGAAAACAAUAAUAGUAAAACGUUAAAAAGCAAAAAAAAGAGAUAAAUAAGGAUUCGGAUUGAUUAGAUGGACUAAAGUCUUUGACAUCAUUAGGUGUGGUUGUGAAGUGCUAUAUUCAUUCUAUUUUAUUAUGUGUUUCACGCAAAAUCGGAUAUACUGUAUUUACAAAUGCAAGUUCUAUGCAUUAUAGAAAUUUUGAAAGUAUGUAUACACACAGGCACGCGCAAACCUCACGCACAAACCCGCCCCCACUCCCAACACACACACGAAAACCCAAAAUAUAAACCCAAAAAAUGCAAACCUGUUUAAAACGUUGGAUAUCCAAGUCACAAUCAGAACGACAAGCAAGCAUGUCGCUGGUAUUCAGUACGAGAGGCGCACCAACCUAACGUCUGGGCAGGACCCGUUGCCAGAGCGCUGAGUCCAGUUAUAGAAAAAAAAAAUACUUGGGUGUAUUAGUGGGAUUAUUGAUUGAGAAUUUUAUUCAGGUAAGAUAUUGGGCUAUUUUUUACUCCUUAAGUCUUGAAGGCGACUGUUUCAAACUUUGUUGGACUACGAGCUCAUUGAUAACGUGUUUGUUGACUUUUGGAAUCAGUGGUCGAACCUUUCAUUAAAACAUAAUUAGAGAGGAUUUGCGGUCGAAGCGGGUCCGGCCCAAGCGCCGUCAAUGCACCCUCAUAAGUGUUGUGCUCUCCUGACAAAAUAAUGCGAUAUACAUGCUUCUGAACCCUCUCAAGUCGAUCAAUAUUGGCCCCGAAGAGACCACCGUUCCAAACAGGUGUGGCAUACUCACGCUUUGGUCGAAUAUAACCUACAUAAAUAGACGGAAGUUUAUCUUCGUUAAAGCCACUCUCCCGGCUUUUCAUGUAUAAGCAUCUUUCUCUUUGCAUUUAUUUGAAUGUGGUCAACAUGACCAUUUGAAAUAAUCUUGAAUCACCUUGCCAAGGAAUUUAACUUUGUUGACAAUCAGAAGCAUGGUGUGCGAGAUGUGAACCGUCCAUGUCUGGUAAACCUCUACGACAAAAACACGUCCGCAAGAUCUGGCACUUGGGAGGGAUUAAGAUUUAAUUUAUUAGUCACUGACUCAAGUGAUUGCAUCAAGGCAGAUGUGAAUGGAACUCGGAGAAUCAAACCUUUUAUUCCUCAAAGUGUCAGAUCAUCAACAUAUUUCCAGACAGAUGUUCAAAUUUGUAGCACGAGAGGGACUUUCAAUGAAUACAGGACGUAUGACACAGAGAAAAUUUUGUGAUAGGAGCAAGGAAAGUUCCUUGUGGGACACCAAAAAAACCAAGUGUUUCCCACUUGGAGUAGUGAUUAUAUAUUUGCAUCGUUAUUUUAAAUUAUUUGAGAUAAAGACGACGACCCACUGCUAAAUAGAUAUUUACCAUCACUUAAUAUCAGAAGCAGAAAAAUCUGGUAACAUCAGUACACCUGCGGUAACUGAAUUUACCGAAGCUUUAGAUGUUACUGAUCAUCGUGUGUCUAUCAAUUUUUAAUUGCCGUAUUGUUGUAAAUUAAUGCGAAGCUUAAUUGCAUUAUUAAUUAUUGGAACCUCUUUCCUCAGCAAUUUUUGACGAAUAUAGGGGCGAUAGAAAUAGGCCUCAAUUUAUUCAUUUGUGCCCUUGUCUAUGGAUUAUUAUGGACAUUUGUUGCAAAUAAUUUUUUAUUGAUAAAUUAUUAACGUGGUUUGUUUGAAAUGUACAUUUUUGUCCUUGUGAGCUUUGUAGUUUCUUUGUUUUUACUAAGAAACUACAAACUACAAAUUUUAUCUUACCGGAAUAACAAUUCUGUAACAUAUUAUAACUGUCAAGAAAUUAUUAACUUUCAAGACUGCUGAGCAAAUUAAAGAAGAACUGAUUAACAUGAAGAAUAAUAAAAUUGUUUUCCUUUAUA